CCAUGUUACGUAUCCUAUACCAUCUAGUAGACACUAUCGGACUUAUAUCUACCCCGGGUUGCCUCCAGCUUCACCUACCGCCUUCUCCUCAUCAUGAACCUCAACGCGAACGGCUCACCAGUAACCGGCGGCAAUGAGCCAGUUGGAGCAGUGGUUCCCAUAAACUGUCCCCACGCCAUCCUCAACUCCUUGCCUACUUGGCUCGAUGUCGUCGAAUACAUGGAUAACAAAGAGUGGGCUAUCCAAGCUCUUAAAACUUCCUAUCCACGAGUACAGCUCCAUACCUACGUUGCACAGCUCAGCAAAGUCUGCUCUGAUCUUCAUGGAUCGCAGGACGAGGAAUGCCUACUUUUCCCUUCUUCUAGGAUCGCCGAACACUGUCAAGCCUACAUACGAAAGCGAUCCGGUGAUACAGAACCACGAAUUGUACCCUUCAAGUUACCUAUCAAAGACAAUCCAACUGGCAUCUCCCUCCUUUUCCCUGAUGGCGUCCCAGACCUUUUCGCAGUUUUUUGUCCAUCUUCUUCUUUCUCUCGAGCUAUGCAGUUCUGGCUAUACACGGGAACAGGGAUAUCCUCACGCUUAGCAGAACAUUGCCUAUCCUCUUUGCCAGAGGGAUUGGUCGAUCAUAGCGCAUUGACUAUACCACUUUCACCUCGGAUUUGGCGAGAUGCAGACUUCUAUCAUGUACAUAAGCCAUUGGAAUCAGGUGUGAAAGCCAAGGCUAUCAUUCAAAAGCUCUUUUCUGGCAUCAUCGAUGAUGGUCCAGAUAACGUCCGAGGUGUCUCGAACAUCUCACCCGACGACAUGUACCUUUAUUCAACCGGAAUGAAUGCCAUAUGGGAGGCACAUAUGAUGAUGAUGCACACUCAGUCGAAGAGGCAAAAGUGCGCUGCCUUCAACCUCCUCUUUGCACAUACCCAUGGCAUGCUAGAGAAUUGGGGUCCCGGAUACCACUUCUUCUCGAAUGGCUCCAUUGACGACUUUGAAGCCUUUCUCGCUCUCGAGCACGCACGAAACCCUAGUCAACCACCCAUUUCCGCUUUGUAUAUCGAUUUUCCGUCGAACCCUCUCUUACGGUCCCCUGAUAUUUCACAUCUGAGAAAACUAGCGGACCAAUACGACUUCGUAAUUAUCAUUGACGAGACAGUGGGCAAUUUUCUCACUGUACAGUUACUUCCCUACGCGGACAUUGUCACUUGCAGCCUUACCAAGAUUUUCAGUGGACUCGCGAAUGUAAUGGGCGGGGCUUUCCUUCUCAAUCCCACCUCCAAGCAUUACCGUACUUUCAAAACAUACUUGGACGCUAACUACGAAUAUACUUACUUCAGCGAGGACGCCAUCUGUAUGGAAGCAAAUUCACGAGAUAUCAAACGGCGUGUUCGAAUGAUCGACCGCAAUGCAGGGGCCAUAGCUGACCUCUGCUACGACGACUCGCUGAAAGAGGGGUCAGUCAUCGAUCGAGUACUGUACCCCAAAUAUCACAUGCGGGAGAAUUACGAGCGUUGCUGGUCGAAAUAUACCCCUGACCCAGGAUAUGGAGGCCUCCUCACGGUGGUUUUCAUAUCUACAGCCGCUGCUACAGCGUUUUACGACUCGUUAACGUGCUACAAGGCCAUUUCAUUUGGCACGGUGUUCACGCUCGCUGUGCCAUUUGCCGUAGCAGGAUUCAAUGAUAGACUGGAGUGGGCACAGGAGAAUGGAAUAGAUUAUCCAUCGGUUCGCUUCAGCAUAGGCUUGGAGGAUUUGACGAGCCUGAAGGACUGCUUCAAAUUGGCUCUUUCAAAAGCUGAAGACGCAGAAAAGAAGGAGGCGGCCAUUUCUACAGAGGCAUGCAUCAGGAUAGUUGCAGCACGCCCAUCCUUGGCAGCCGCCAUCUGAUUGUGGGAUGCCCAUGUAAGUUCAAGACGUCUUCCAUAUCCAACUGUACAUAUCUGCUCCCAGAGGACGGUUAAUAAAAAUACUCAUAUGUCUUAUACCCUUCUUGAUCCUUCCAUUUCUUUUCCAAGG